UGAUUUUCCACUUUCCGCCACAGCUUUGGCGUGCAAUCCCGGGCUUGUGGUUUCUUUGGAUCGCCUCAUUUCCCUCGAUCCUCCCUUGGAAAGGCAUUGGCCUGCCAGGCAGACUUGCUCCGCCUGCGUCACUUGGUACCCCACUGGGGACCGGCGAAGAGGGGGAGAGGGCUUCAUAAAAGGCGAUGCUCCAAGGCUCCUUUGGUAACUGGAGAGAAGAAGGAACAGUUGCUGCUCUGCCUCUCAGCUUCCUCUCAAACAGGCGAGACUUGGCUCCACCAUGCAGCUGAUGGGACGGCUCCUUGCGGUUCUGCUCCUGGUUUGGACCGUGAGGGCAUCCGCUUUGCCUGGAGAAGACAAGCUUUCAGCACAGAGCAGCCGGGAGCAAACCAAAGCCCGCAAAGUCCUGAUCCUGAAAAUGCUGGCAGAGCUCUUGGACGGGGCCGAAGUGGGUCGGGAGCCGACUCCUUCCGAAUCGGAAGAUCCGCUGGAGAGCAAACUGGAGGACGAGGCGUCGGUGCUGGGGAGGUUGUCCCAGCUCACCCAGCGGGACCGCAAAGCCCCGUGCAAAAACUUCUUCUGGAAGACCUUCACUGCUUGCUAACACUCCUUUCGCCCUUUGCACCUCCAAAGUCCCCGACGUUCCCUUCCCCGUAAUGUCUCAACUUGCCAGACAAACACAAAAAUCCAUCGCCGGGUCUAUCCUUGUCCGUCUAACAGAGGUCUGGUCUUCAGGUCUUGCGGGUUUGCUCUUCUCGGGUCUGGAAAAAGAUUGCUCGAAAGGUGAAUGACUCUUGUUCCAGUUUUCCCAUCUCGAAUGCAACCAACGGCUCAUCCCUUUGUAAAAGAGCAUAUCUCUCUGCCCAUUUGUGGUUUCGGCUCUGCUUUUUCGUUCGUUUGUUCGUUUUCCAAUGAUGCAAACCGUCGCAUUACGGUGAUUCCGUGAACAAAUAAAGCAAGGCCUCGGCGUGCCUCUUAUCCCAGCCCAA